CGAGCUACUCGUACGGAGUACCUCCGUACUUACCGUAUCUCAUAGGAAAGUCUCGGUCGUGGGGCUUCCCCGGCAGAAUUCUCCAAAAAACACACUCUGUCCACAAAGGCUCUGCCCUGAGUUCUCAGUACUAGUAUCUUACGCAUCUCUUUGUGCGUCUUGGAAGCUGAACCGACAGAGCCAAGGCACAUUCACUCAAGCCCAAUGGCCUCGGACGACCAAGUGGCUGGAGCCCACAAGACGCUCUAUGAUCAGGGCAUCCCAAUUCGCACCGAUGUGACUGGCCCUCAGCAUGUCCAGCGCUCAUUACAGAACAAUUCGUCCGAUUUUGCUCGCCCGAUGCAAGAAUUGGCAACGGAAUGGGGAUGGGGAAGCAUUUGGACAAGGCCUGGACUGGAGCGUAAGACGAGGAGCCUGCUCAAUAUCGCUAUGCUCUGUGCAUUGAACAGAAUGACGGAGCUUGCCGUGCAUGUGAGAGGUGCAAUCAAUAAUGGUGCAAGCGAGCUCGAGAUUCGAGAGACUCUGAUGCAAGUGGCAGCUUACUGUGGUUUGCCUGCUGGUCUUGAAGGAGUCAGGGUUGCGGAGGGAGUCUUGAAGAGUAUUCGGGAGGAGGAUAAGCCAGGGGAAUGAGGCCAUCAGAGGCUUAUCAAGAGCGACAUGCAUGAUUUUAAAUGUGAGCCAAGAGGUUCAACUGAAGGUCGAGGUUCAUUGGCGACCUCGCUAUCUCCUACGACUGGGUAACUCUUUGUCCAUGUAUGUACCGAUACAUAGUAGGCUACGCCUACACGUGAUCUGGGAGUCUGGAAGUUGCACGCCUGACGCCUGCUAGACUUGACGCCUGCUAGACUUGACGCCUGCUAGACUUGACGCCUGCUAGACUUGACGCCUGCUAGACUUGACGCCUGCUAGACU